AUGAACACAAUAUCUUUUGAGACCUCUCAACCCACUCUAGGCUCUCCUAAUGACAUUAACUUGGAAGAGUUUCUCGACGUUGAACGUCUUUGUAACGGUGCUUCAACACCACCAAAUGAACCGACCCAGGCUCAGACAUGUCUAAACGAGAUCAUCAUCCCUGCUCCUAACAAUACCGAAAUACACCCCAAGAAAAAGGGACAAGAUGAUACACAACGUGGCAGUGAACUGAAUCGUUUACAUACACAGCCAAGACGCAGAGGAAUUCGUUCAAAUGUCUCAUCAAUACCUGAAUAUGCCGUCAUAUGUUUCCCCUCCAACCCCACCAAGCCCGACGGCAUCAAGAAGAAGAGAAAGGAUUUUGAUGAGAAGAGACGGCAGGAAGUUGCUCAGGUCCGCAAGAGUGGUGCUUGCUUCCGAUGCAAGGUGCGACGGAUAUCUUGUGGUGUAGGAGCGCCGUGUCAGGCAUGCCAGAAAGCCGCCGGCAUCCUUGGACGAGAGUUGUGUAUUCGUGAGAAACUGACCAAGAUGAGGUUCAGUUCUGGGGAUCUUCACUACAUCGAUUACACUGCACGUCUACUCGAUCAGGAACUCAUCGCUGGCACCACCCACCUAGGGCCCCAUCGUAAGGUCGCGUUAUCGAUGGACUACCCAGGUAACCCGGCUCUAGAAGUCGAGGUUCAGGACUACUAUGGAAACAAAACUCCGCCAUGGUUCUGUUGUUGGGUCGUGACGGACCAAGUUGGGGGCCAGGUCGAAUCUUACCGACAAGAAAGUGCCCGAUAUGCCCUACCGCAGCUUCUUCCACCAAGCCAUCUAGUCGACUGGGUUGAGCGUAUCAUCGCUCACCAAGAAACUCGCUGCAUAGGGUUUCAACAAACGGUAGAUUCUUUCAUCCUGAGAUACAGUCAAUCGGAGUCCUCCCUGCCGAUGCAUGACUUUGUUCGCAAAGUUCACAAGCUUAAUUGUCUAACAAAGAUCCGCCUGGGGCUUAUACUAUGCGUCGAAGAGGGAGGCGAAAUGACACCGCCUUCUUGCGCCCUGCAUACCCAGUUCGGUCAGAUCUCCAAAGCGGCCUCCCAACCAAUUGAGAAAGAAGUUCUCUUAGAGCUGGAAAAGCUGGUGUUUGGAACUGGGGGCAUCGGUCCUGAAAACUCGAUAGCCCUAUGGGCCAGUCUCUGGUGCUUGAUCCUGAUGUAUCGGAAACUGGUUCACACAUAUAUGGCUUUCCAAGAGUUCCCAUGUCACGUUCCAGAAGACUACAGCGGUUUUCCAGAAUCCAAGCUUGAAGUCGGUACGCACUUCUAUCACUAUCUAGUAUCCAUCUACGCGGCUAUCUUUCGCGUAACCAGUCCUUUAUACGCCGAUUUUCGAGUCGCGGCUACGCGGAAGCUGCUAGACGAUGAUGAGUCUCUAAUAGACGCUUUCAUGAGCUUGCGCACCGAGAGUUUCUAUUUUCAAAGAGAGUCGAUGUCGAUGUCAGCAUCGCCCGAUCAGCUAUUGCGCAGGAUGAUACUAGAUCGGGAAGCCGGGCUUAGACCCAAGCAGCUUACCAGUCACUGA